CUCCGCAGCAUCUUCCCAGGCCCGGCCCCCUCCUCCCCCCGCGCCGAUGGUACGCGCCGGCCCGGCCCGGCUGCAGUGGAUGUUGCUAGAACCCACGCGGAGGAAGGAAGAGACGCAGGCAGGCUGCGGCUACCCAAGCGGCCGCCCCGGCCUCAGAGACCCCUUCCCCGAGAGACGGCACCAUGACCCAGGGAAAGCUCUCCGUGGCUAACAAGGCCCCUGGGACCGAGGGGCAGCAGCAGGUGCACGAGAAGAAGGAGACUCCAGCAGUGCCCUCAGCCCCACCCUCCUAUGAGGAAGCCACAUCUGGGGACGGGAUGAAGGCAGGGGUCUUCUCCCCAGCCCCCACGGCGGUGCCUCUCCACCCAAGCUGGGCUUAUGUGGACCCCAGCAGCAGCUCCAGCUAUGACAGCGGUUUCCCCACCGGAGACCAUGAGCUCUUCACCACUUUCAGCUGGGACGACCAAAAAGUUCGUCGAGUCUUCAUCAGAAAGGUCUACACCAUCCUGCUGAUUCAGCUGCUGGUGACCUUGGCUGUCGUGGCUCUCUUUACUUUCUGUGACCCUGUCAAAGACUAUGUCCAGGUCAACCCAGCCUGGUACUGGGCAUCCUAUGCUGUGUUCUUUGCAACCUACCUGACCCUGGCUUGCUGUUCUGGACCCAGGAGGCAUUUCCCCUGGAACCUGAUUCUCCUGACCGUCUUUACCCUGUCCAUGGCCUACCUCACUGGGAUGUUGUCCAGCUACUACAACACCACCUCCGUGCUGCUGUGCCUGGGCAUCACAGCCCUUGUCUGCCUCUCAGUCACCGUCUUCAGCUUCCAGACCAAGUUCGACUUCACCUCCUGCCAGGGCGUGCUCUUCGUGCUUCUCAUGACUCUUUUCUUCAGCGGACUCAUCCUGGCCAUCCUCCUACCCUUCCAAUAUGUGCCCUGGCUCCACGCAGUCUAUGCAGCACUGGGAGCGGGUGUGUUUACAUUGCUUUUUGGCACUAACCGGGAAUGAGGAGCCCUCCCCACCCCACCGUCCUCCGGAGAAUGCACCCCUCUUGGUUCCCUGUCUCUCCCCUGCGCUCCUACAAGACCAGAUAUAAAACUAGCUGCCAACCCAGGCUGUGGCCAGGCCACUGUCUACCCCAGCCCAGCCCAGCCCUCUGCCGCUUGUACAUACGCCAUGGGGACCCUGAGGAACCGAGGCCAUGUCAAUCCCUGUGCCGCCCUGUUCCCCCUGUUACAUCUUCCAAACUGGGACGGUCAAGGCUGAAGGCUCCUCUGGGUUUGAGGGCCUAAGGGACAGCGGGGAGAAGCCUAGCAGGAUUUCAAAUGCGGGAGUGAGACCCAGGAAGCCCAGCGGAGCCCUGACCCCCCACCACAAUUCCUCCUGGGGCUGCACAACCAUGUGGCCUUGGGUCCUGCGUCCAGUCUGUGUCCUCCUGUCUUUCUCGUGCAGGACAGGCAUUGACACUUUGUAAGAAAGGGGGUGGGGGACGUAGCUGGGCGGGUGGAGUGAGUGGGCAGGAUGGCUGUCCCAGGCUGCCCAUCUUCUCUUGGCUCUGGGACCAGCAGCUUGUUCUAGGGAUUUGAAGCCUGUGCUGUCUGCUGCUCGCUGUGAACGGCCCUCCCAGGUCAUGACAGAGCACUGUUGGGGCAGGAGGUGAGAGCAGGGGGCCCUGCUCCUCAGUGAGGGCCUGUCCUGGGGCUCCCAGGGAAGUGGGAGCCGGGGAGCCAAUCCACCCA